GCGGUGGGAGUGGGGGGAGAAGCAAGGCCGAAGCCUUCGUUGCUGGCAGAAUGCACCCCUAAGCCUUUAAAGGACAUUGUGAUCCAGAAAGUGUGGUCUCUUCGCUGGGGCGGGGCAGGGAGCAGAAAGCAAAGCAGGCGGGGAGCAGGAAGCUGAGCAGCAGAUCAACCAGGGGGCACAACAGCCGAUGGAGAAGGAAAGGAAACAGAAAGCAAAUUGGGCAAGGAGCAGGAAACUGGAGCAGCACUUGAGGAGGGGUGUGUAGGACAGGGAGCAGGAAGCUGAGCAGGCAGGGAGUAAGAAAACAGAGCAGCAGAUCGGCAGGGGAAGAAGCAGACAGCAAAUCGGGCAGGGAGCAGGAAGCCAAACAGCAGAUCAGGCACAGGAGAAUGAUCAGCGGCAGUUGGGGAAGGAACAUACUUGCUUGGAAGGAUUUAAAGAAAGAACAAAAAAUGUUCCCUUUGAAGGAUGCUGAGAUGGGUGCUUCCACCUUCUUUGCCUCAGCUCUCCCACAUGAUGUUUGUGGAAGCAAUGGUCUUCCUUUGACACCCAACUCCAUCAAAAUUUUGGGGCGCUUCCAAAUUCUUAAGACAAUCUUUCAUCCCAGACUUUGUCAGUAUGUGGACAUUACUAGAGGAAAACAUGAUAUAAACGUUUUGAGGAUGCAGUUAUCAAAUCUGUUGAUCAUCAAGGCAGAAAAAAAUGAGGAUAUUGUACUUCUUAAUGAAGAUACUAGUAGAUUAAGAGAGAGGCUGGUGGUGGCAGCUGAACACUGUGAAAAGAGUUUGGAAGAUUUGCUACGAGACGGGAAACCUGUGAGCUGUUCAAGGAUCUUAUGCAUAGCAUUUGAGGUAUUGCAAGGCUUGCAAUAUAUGAACAAAUAUGGAAUGGUUCACCGAGCACUCUCCCCUCACAAUAUCCUCUUGGAUCGAAAGGGACAUGUUAAAUUGGCUAAAUUUGGUCUGUAUCAUAUGACAGCUCAUGGUGUGGAUGUCGAUUUCCCUAUAGGGUACCCAUCAUACUUGGCACCUGAAGUUAUUGCUCAGGGGAUAGUCAAACCUAGUGAUCAUACUCAGUGUGAGAAGCCUCUACCCUCUGGCCCUAAAUCAGAUGUGUGGUCCAUUGGUAUUAUAUUAUUUGAGCUUUGUGUGGGGAGAAAACUGUUCCAGACCUUGGAAAUAGAUCAAAGACUAAAACAAAUACUUACUUUAGGCUGUGUGGAUGACAUUGUAACUGUAUUAGCUGAAGAACAUGGCUGCCUGGAUGUUAUUAAGGCCCUCCCUGAAAAUGUCAUGUCUUUAUUGAAGAAAUGCCUUACGUUUCAACCUUCGAAGAGACCUACUCCUGAUGAGUUGCUGUGUGACAGUAUAUUCAGUGAAGUGUCCUCUUUUUAUGAACCCUUCCAUAAAGCUGCCAGUCUGUUUUCAUCCUCUUUGAGAUGUGCUAAUCUAACACUUCCUGAGGACAUCAGUCAGCUGUGUAAAGAUGAAGACUGUGAUUACCUAGCAGAAAGAUCAAUUGAAGAGGUUUAUCAUCUCUGGUGCUUGGCUGGAGGAGACUUGGAGAAAGAACUUGUCAACAAGGAAAUCAUCAGAUCAAAGCCACCCAUCUGUACACUCCCCAACUUUUUGUUGGAGGAUGGUGAGAGUUUUGGACAAGGACGAGAUAGAAGUUCCCUUCUUGAUGACACAACUGUGACACUGUCACUGUACCAACUGAGAAAUAGGCUAAAAGAUGUGGGUGGAGAAGCAUUUUAUCCACUGCUUGAAGAUGACCAGUCAAAUUUACCUCAUUCAAAUAGUAACAAUGAGCUGUCUGCAGCUGCCAAUCUUCCUCUGAUCAUUCGAGAGAGGGACACGGAGUACCAGCUAAACAGAAUCAUCCUUUUUGACAGGUUACUGAAGGCCUAUCCAUACAAAAAAAAUCAAAUCUGGAAAGAAGCCAGGGUUGACAUUCCUCCACUUCUGAGAGGUUUAACCUGGGCUGCCCUCCUGGGGGUUGAGGGUGCCAUUCAAGCAAGGUAUGAUGCUGUUGAUAAGGACACUCCAAUUCCUACAGAUCGACAAAUUGAAGUUGAUAUUCCUCGAUGUCAUCAGUAUGAUGAGUUGCUGUCAUCACCAGAGGGCCAUGCAAAAUUUAGACGUGUAUUGAAGGCAUGGGUUGUAUCCCAUCCUGAUCUUGUGUACUGGCAAGGUCUAGAUUCUCUUUGUGCACCAUUCCUGUACUUGAAUUUUAACAGUGAAGCUCUGGCCUAUGCCUGCAUGUCAGCUUUUAUUCCCAAGUACCUAUAUAACUUCUUUUUGAAGGAUAACUCUCAUGUUAUUCAAGAGUACCUGACAGUGUUUUCCCAGAUGAUUGCGUUCCAUGACCCAGAGCUGAGUAACCAUCUCAAUGAAAUUGGCUUCAUUCCAGAUCUCUAUGCUAUUCCUUGGUUUCUUACAAUGUUUACACAUGUCUUUCCUUUGCACAAAAUUUUUCACCUUUGGGAUACCUUACUUCUUGGGAAUUCUUCCUUUCCAUUCUGCAUUGGAGUGGCUAUCCUGCAGCAGCUGAGGGACCGGCUUCUGGCUAAUGGUUUCAAUGAAUGCAUUCUACUCUUUUCAGACUUGCCAGAAAUCGACAUUGAACGUUGUGUCCGUGAGUCAAUCAAUCUCUUCUGCUGGACUCCUAAGAGUGCUACAUAUAGGCAAUAUGCACAGCCUCCAAAGCAAGCCAAUGAGAGCAAUGGCACAAGAGGUUCUAUGUCUUGCUUCUCAGCAGAGUAUCAGGAUACACCUAAAAGUGAUCUGUCUAGGGACCCUAUCAAGUUGGAUGAUCUGAAGGCAGAGGUAUCACCACGGAUAUCAGCAGAAGAUCUGAUUGAUUUAUGUGAACUGACUGGACCCAGCCAUUUCAAAACACCUACCAAAAAAGCCAAAUCUAGCAAGCCAAAACUGCUGGUGGUUGAUAUCCGUAACAGCGAAGACUUUAACCGUGGCCACAUUUCAGGCAGUAUCAACAUUUCAUUUGGUUUGGCUUUCGCAACAGAAGGACAGCUCGUCCAGUGCCCCGCUACUGCUACGCUCCAGAGCUUUAAAGGAAGAGUUGUUGUGAUUGUAGGACAUGUGGUGAAGAACACAGCUGCUUUUGCAGCUCAUCUAGUGAAAAACAAGUAUCCACGGGUCUGCAUUCUGGAUGGAGGCAUAAACAAGAUAAAGCCCACUGGUUUACUGACAGUUCCUUCCCCACAAAUAUGAGCAACUACAGAUGUUGUGAAAGUCAAUUUAAAGAUUGCUGUUUCUAUCCACAGCAUAUGAACAUUGUCAACCAUAAGGGCAUUAUGACACAUCCAGAAGACAAGCAAUCUAGAUGAUCAGUGUCUUUCAGUAUGGAUCUGGUUUAAAGGAGCUUUGUUUUUGUCAUUUGACAUUGAUCUUCAGUUUGAUUGGAUGAAAAAUGUGAAGCUUUAAAUCUUGGAAGGCAUUUGAACUAUCGGCAGCAAUGAAGUCUGUGUCUAGUCAAGCGCUGUCAAGUUGCAACACAAAAGUUGAAUUGGCUCAUUUGGUAUUUAAUGUCUGUAAAUAUUUCAGCAAAGCAGGAGAAAACAGUGCUUGACAAGUCUGAGUUGCACUAAACAGAUUCCUUUUCAGCAAUAUUUUACAGUAAAAAUUGAAACCAGCAGGUUGAAAUUAUAUCACUUGUAUGUUAUUCAGGAAAAUUGCAUUUUUCUGAUUUAACCUUUUAAAGAUUAAUUAUUGUAUUCAAUGUUCCACUUUUCCAAAAAAAAAGUUUUCUGAUAUGAAUGGGAAAUAAAAAUAAAUUCCAAAUUGGA